AUCGCGACGAGGCCAAGUAUCUCCACAUGAGGCACCUCUAUCUCCAGCAACUGGGGGAUACUAGCAACGGCUACGCCCUCUUUGGCCAGCAGCCCGAUCACCUCCCCGGCUUCGUCCCGUGGCGCCCCGGAGCGAAUGUGAACAUGGUUGCGCUGUACCAACUGGAAUUGACCAUCACUUGGCUGGAUUCUGGUUGUAUCAGUGAGGAAAAGGUACAAUGGUCGCCGUGGUGGGAUCUCAUGGAUUGCUGGGAGGAGCGCAAGAACGCUGGCUUCGAAAUCCUAGGCCAAGAACUGUCUGCUUGCGAUAUCUUUCUUGGCAGUAUCGACGAUGGCAGGCUGCUUGUUGAUGGCCGCCGGCAUUCCAUACAACAGCAGGGAGUACAAGACGGGGACAUGCUUUGCGUGCGGCCACGGAAGAGUGACAUAUACAGUCCUUAUCGUCCGUACUCGACCCAAGGAGCAUCGCCAAUGCUACCGCAAAUGCACCCAAUACACACGCAACAAAUUCAGACUCAACAAAUGCAGACUCAACAGUCACCACACCAAGGCCGUAUACAGGAGCUGGAUACAUCCUCGCCACAAAGCCCGCAGUACCAACAGGCUCAACAGGCUUCUGCUGCAGCACCGGCAUAUACAAUGCCGCCGCCUUCACCUCCUCGAUAUUAUGGACAAAGCUCCACGUCACCAGCUGCGCCGGGUAUACCAAUGCGACUGUCUGCCCGUCCAACAUCGCAGUAUGGCGGACCGGUGUCACCAGACUCUGCACCACCAGCUCAAUCUCCAGUGUAUCCAGGCCGGUCGUCAGAUGCUAGUCCACCCGAGCCUUCGACUGCAUGGCAGCAAUCAGCACCACAGUCCAGUUAUAGCUCUGCUCCUACGCAAGACUAUGGAGACUCAAGGUACUCUUCUACGCCUAUCCCAGCGCAAUCCUCUCGGCCUACCGCCUUGCAGUCUCCUCAAUCCAGCGCUCCUCGGCCCUAUGCUCCUCAGUCACAAGCUUCUGAGUCCUAUGCUCCUAGACCCUACGAUCCUCUGGCCUAUGCUUCUAUUUCCCACCGAUACUCUGCAUCUCCAGGCUCCACUAGCCAAGCCUCCCCAGGUCCAGGUGCUCUCGCUUCUGGAAGGUCAGAUUACUCGCCAUCCCCUUACCAGUCGGUAGCGGAUUCAGCGAUGCCAUCGUACCAAUCGGUGGCAGAUUCAGCGAUGCCAUCUUACCAGUCGAUUAAUUCUCCGGAAAGUCCAUCCGAUCAAUAUAGCCUGUCUCAUGGUGUCAGCACUGCUCCAUCAUCGCCUCCACCAACAUCACCUUAUUCACAACAACCUGUAUAUGCCCAGCAGCCAGGUUCAGUCGCAAGACCACCCAGUUACAUUCCCUCACCGCGCCAAGAUGAACCCAAAGAAGAUGUAGGAUGGGCUAUGGGUAUUGCCGCCGGCGCACGUAUUCGCCAGCACAUUUUUGCAGAUCGGUUCCCAACAAUUCGAUGGUCCAACUCCCGCUCAACCCUGCUGAGUAUCCAGAUUCUCAACUCUGUUGCAUUCGAGGUUUUGACAGGAAUGCUUACGCCGCCCACUCCAAUCACCCCGGACAUGUACAAAAGCCACGGGUUCCCCUUUUAUGCGGCUUGGGGAGAGGGUGCCAAGACGGACGGUGCUGACAAUCUAUUCAACCUCAAGAGUGUUGGCGAUAUUGAUGCUUCGAGCCCUAUUCGCUUUGGAAGCAAUGUCACCCAGGGCAUGAAGAUUGCAUGCACGAGUUGUGGAAAGAAUUUAUGUGACUCUAUCCUGAGACCUUGCAAUCACAGCUUUUGCUCAACAUGCAUCAAUUCGUACAUGACAUUCGGAGGCGUCAUUGUAUGUAAACUGUGUAGGGCCCGGGCUACUAAACUUCUCGGCUUUUCCGCGCCCAUGGCCCUGCCUGGACAGGACAUUGUUGACUUGUCUCAAAGCACUGUGCUUACUGUUGCGCCUUUCAGGGGCUCAUCUGGAUUUCAGCCGGUACAAGAUGAUAAGUCAAGGACAGGUAUAAACCAAGAGUAUCAGACUCAUAACUUCUAUGAGUUGGGGUAAUAGCUCUUGCGCAAGAGUUUAGGGGUCAAUCUAGUAGGAUUCCCAGGAAUCGCUGUUGUAAUAUUGGAAUCAUACAUGAGAGAAUGUGUAUACGUUAAUAGCUCUCUGUAGGGGAAUAUACAGUGUUUCCUGUUUGAGUAUACUGUUGACCUUUGAAUGGACUGGGUAUAUGGUCUGUAUUGUUGAUACUAUUGUUGGUGUUUUUUUUACUGCUGAGCUUCUAGUCCCCCCUCUGGGUAUGUGUGUACUAGGGCACCCUA